UUUUCUUUUUUUUUUAUUUGAGUUUCCGCAUUUCAAAUCAUGACACCAAUGACAACCAAUACAUGUUUACUGUCUUCAGAAUGGUUAUCCCAAACGGAAAAUGUUGGGUGUGUUUCGUUAAAAGACCUCGUUUAUCAUGAAGAUUUAGUAUCCAUGGUUCAGUUCAAUUUCAUGAUUGACCUGGACUUUUUAACGUCUCACAUGCAUCCAGCCGUCAUUAUCAAGCAAAUUCCUAUUGUCGUUAUACACGGUUUAAGAGAAUCUGCACCUAUUUUAAAAGAACAAGCAAAACAAUACCCAAAUGUAAAAGUAGCCACGCCAUUUAUGAGGGAUAAAUUUGGGACUCACCACACAAAAGCCAUGAUUUUAUUCUUUCGUGAUGUACAGACGGGUGUGGAGACGGCCCAGAUCGUCAUCAUGACCGCCAAUAUGGUAGAAGCAGAUUGGAAGACAAUGACUCAAGGUGUGUACCGAACGCCUCGCUGUUGCUUGAAGCAACCCAUCGCUUCUUCUCCAAGCAUCCAUGCUACAACCACGCAUGCCCCCUCCCCCUCCCCCUCUGCCUCUGCCUCCGCCACGAGCACCAGCACCAGCACCAGCACCAGCACGAGCACGAGCACCGCAACGACACGUACAUCCGCCUUUGAAAAAGACUGGAUCCACUACUUGCAAGCCUACCGACUCCCUCUUCUCCUGCCUAUCAUCACGAAACUACAGCUCUUUGAUUGGUCCCCUUGCAAAGCUGUCCUCAUUGCCUCUGUGCCUGGAUACCAUCGUCAACGUUCGUUUGCAGAUUGGGGCCUUGAAAGACUGGCGUCCGUACUGAGAAAGCAUGUCCGUGUCCCCACCACAGCGGCGCCCACUUCCCAUCAGAUCAUCCUCCAAUGCUCCAGUAUGCCUCAUUCUCCCGAACGCUGGUUCAAACACGAUGUCUGUGAAGCCAUGUCUGAACUCAAAAACAAACACAGCACCCUUUUCCCCAUGAAACCACCAAAGAUAGCCGUGAUCUAUCCUACCCUCGCCACCGCAGACCACAGUUUGACCGGCCUGGACAUGAGCGGCGGUUUCUUGCGAUUCGAUGCUUCCUCCUACGACAAAAACCACACAUGGCUCGAUCCCUACCUCUAUGACUGGAAGAGCGAACGCGCCGGUCGUGCCACCCUCAUGCCUCACAUCAAAACCUAUACGCGUGUGUAUCAACAACGCCGUGGCGCCAAGCGACCCGACAAGGACAGUAGUGCUCCUCCUUUUUAUAUCGCCUGGCAUCUGCUGACCUCGGCCAACCUGAGCCGAGCCGCCUGGGGUGAAUAUCAAAAAAAUAAAUCGCAGAUUUACGUGAAAAGCUUUGAAUGUGGUGUCUUGUUUUAUCCUGCCUUAUGGGAGGAGGACAACGACAACAAAGACACACGUGAGGUCAUCAUGGUACCCGCUUGGCGAGAGGACCUAGCACGCAUGUCUGAUGCCAACGAGGAGGAGGAGGAGGAGGAAGAAGAAGAAGAAACAGACGUGAAAAAAGUGCAUGUUUGUUUGCCGUUUGAUUUGCCUCUGGUGCAUCAUCCGGGUCCUCGACAAUGUUUUACACGUCGAGCAGAAUAAAAUUCAAUUCCCUCAUAGAAGGCUACGCGGGCCAUGGCCCUCUUUUUAUUGUGUUGACUUUUAUU